AUUUUUUCAUAUAUGGGUUUUUGUAUUUUUUUAAUUUUUUAAUACUUUGGAAUCUUUUAAUCUAAUGUAGUUUUUGAUAAAAUUAUAAUAUUUAAUGUGAAAUUGUACUAUAGUAGUAUGGAGUGUGUAUAUCGGUUAUUACCUACGGUAAAUCAAUAUGAUUGGGGGAAACCAAGUGAAAACUCACUGGUAUAUCUACUGUUUAAGAACUAUUUAAAGCUUAAAUUUGUGAAGGAAUGGAAUCUUGACCUCCAUGGUCCGUUUUCUGAGCUUUGGUUAGGCACUCACCCUUCAAGUCCCUCAUUAGUUUUACCUUCUGGCGAACGGGACGUCACUUUAGGGUCAUUUGAAGCAAGUUUUGAAGGCAUUUCCUCGGAUUCGAGUCCUUUUUCUAGGCUUGGCAUGCACCUUUCAGAGCUUUUCAACAAGAUGAAUUCGACCUCAACUGGUCUUGUGCGUCGAAACUUGCUUAUUUUGCUUAAGGUUUUGUCAAUUCAAAAACCCUUAAGCAUUCAAAUUCAUCCAGACGAUAAAACUGCAAUUGAACUUUUCACUGCUCGGUAUCCUGGCAUUGUGGAUAACUACUCAAAGCCUGAAAUGUGUAUUGCUCUUUCUAAGUUCAGGGCAAUGUGUGGUUUUCGCGACAUUUUUGAAAUCUUUAAAUUCUCCGACAAACACGACGAGUUUAAAAAGUUCCUCGGCAAGGAGCUUACUUCUAGUUACUCCUACUCAAAUCCUAAAACCCUCUACAUUGAAAUUCUAAAUAGAGUUUUUUUCUCACCAAACCUUGGUGAACUUGCAGAGAAACUAGCUCGAAGACUUAAGGGAUUCACGGAUCCUGAUCUUCCAGAGGCGUUUUUUCUUGCACUCUACAACGCUUAUGGACCUGAUAAUUGUGUGUUUUUUGCAUUUAUUCUCAACUGCUUUGAACUUGAACCUGGUCAAGCUCUUUUUAUACCACCAAACACAAUACACUCUUACGUCUCAGGUGACUGUGUUGAGAUAAUGAAGUGCUCUGAUAAUGUGAUCAGAUGUGGUCUGACCAGUAAGCCCAGGGACGCUAAAUUAUGUAUAAGUUUACUAGAGGAGAAUCUCAAAAACCCUUCGGCAAAGGACUUUUAUGUCACUCCGACGAAGGUGUCUGACUAUAUAUUCAAAUACGAUCCCCAGGAUCCCGUUUGUAACUUUACAGUCUGGUCGUUUACCCUAAACCCUGGGGAUGAAGAUACGUUUGUUUCAUCAAAUGAGCCUUGUUUGUGUAUAGUUUUGGACUCGAACCCUGAGGUAACUUUUAGGCUAAACCCUUCACCUAACUGCACUACUUCACCACCUCAGGAAACCUUUAUUCUAAAAGUUGAUGUCGGAGACUGCUUUCUCCUCUCCCCCAACACUGAACUAAAUGCUAAAAAUGACCACCGCCUUAGCGGCUUUAAAAUGUACAUUUCUUCGGAAAAAUCGUCUACCACAAAUGUAAACACUUGA